CAUGCGUGUAGAACAGUCCGAGGGAAGGGAAGAGGCGAGAAAGAGAAACAGGGAGUGAGAGAGAGAGAGAGAGAGCAGACAGGAACGCGAGCUCAAAGGCGUCAGAGCUCUUUAAUACAUCCCAAGAAACACAAAAGUGGUGCCCUGCACGUUGAAAAAGAGGUACUCCCUCUCUCAAGUUAGAUCUGUUUUGGCACUGAGCUAAGUUUUAAGGAGGGCUUAUGUGGAGGAGAGCGAGUUCUUGUUUGAGGACUGCGUUGUUUCAAAGGGGCAACCAAUCUCCGUAUCAUCGCCGACCAAACGCUACUCUUAGUAUCUCUCCACUGCCGAGAUAUCUGCUUCUUGUUGUUCUGACCGCGUCUCGUUUGGUGUUACACCACCCCCCAGGGAUGUAACACGGGAGGGAGAGGGAGAAGAGAGAGAGACAGGAAGCCUUCAAACCAGCUAACAGAGGAAGUGACACCAGCCUAUGCUUAAAGAGGACAAUUUUUUUUCAUUCUGUAAUUGUUUUUGAAGAGAGGGGGAGAUUGUAGUGUGGAAUAUCAACCGAGAGAGAAGCCUCCGUGAGUGUGUGUUUGUAAGGGAGAGUGUGAAGAGGGAUCGCACAUCUCACAGCGGGACAAGACGCGGCUUGGAAACGCACGGAAUAUAACGGGACUCGGUUCCGCCAGAAGCGAUCUGAGGUGGAAUUUACAAAAUAAAAACAACCCAAAGGAGUCCUCUGGGACGCGAGCAGGCGCGGAGGGGAGAUGUUCAGGAGCGUGUCUUCAGCGACGCUCCUCUGGAUCAGUUCCUGCUGUUUUCUUCAACUUGGCGCUGGGCAGAACGGAGCCGUGCCUUGCGGGGAGAGUUUGGAUGCAAGGGAAGCAGGAUACAUUACCUCGCCAGGGUACCCUCAUGACUACACGCCACACCAGAGGUGUGAAUGGGUCAUCCGUGCACCCGAGAGCCACCAGAAGAUUCUACUGAACUUCAACCCCCACUUUGAACUUGAAAAACAUGACUGCAGGUACGACUACAUCGAGAUCCGGGACGGAGACGGGGAGAAUGCGGACCUGCUGGGAAAGCACUGCGGGAACAUUGCCCCCACGUCUAUCAUCUCCUCGGGUUCCGCGCUCUACAUCAAGUUCGUGUCGGACUACGCGCACCAGGGGGCAGGAUUCUCGUUGCGCUAUGAGAUCUUCAGGACAGGGUCUGAUGAUUGCUCCAAGAAUUUCACGGCUCUCAAUGGUGUGAUUGAGUCUCCGAGUUUCCCUGACAAGUACCCCCACAACCUGUACUGUACCUACAUCAUCCUGGCACCGCCAAGGUCAGAGGUGACCCUCACCAUGCUCACCUUUGACCUGGAGUACGACCCUCUGCAGAUCGGGCCCGCAGACUGCAGAUACGAUCGCCUUGAAGUUUGGGAUGGCUUUCCGGAGGUGAGUCCUCUGAUUGGACGCUAUUGUGGCUCAAAGAUCCCAGCUGUGAUUCGCUCUGAUACGGGGAUCAUGUCGCUGACGUUCCAUACUGAUAUGGCUGUGGCAAAAGAUGGCUUCUCGGCUGAGUACAACAUCACCACGAAAGAUACUCAGGACUCUUAUCAGUGCAACAGCCCACUGGGCAUGGAAUCCGGUCAGAUCAGCAACAUGCAGAUCACGGCUUCGUCCACCUACUCUUUGGGGAACUGGGAAGCGAGCCAAGGUCGCCUCAAUCAUCAGAUCAACGGCUGGACACCCAAUGAGGACACCACUAGGGAAUGGAUCCAGGUCGAUCUGGGGAUUCUGAAGAUCCUGACUGGUGUUGCUACUCAAGGGGCAAUCUCAGUGGAUACGUCCAAGACGUACUUUGUCAGUAGCUACAAGUUGGAGGUGAGCUCCAAUGGCGAGGACUGGAUGACCUACCGACAAGGGAAGAACCACAAGUUAUUUGCUGCCAACACAGAUGGUAACGAGGUGGUGCUGAACACACUGACACCACCUGUCGUGGCUCGCUUCGUUCGCCUCAGGCCCCAGCUCUGGACGAAUGGCAUCUCCAUGCGCUUCGAAGUCUACGGCUGCCAGAUUACAAAUGCCCCCUGCUCCGAUAUGUUGGGAAUGGUCUCUGGGCUCAUCCCCGACUCACAGAUCACAGCCUCCUCCACACGGGACUACCACUGGUCGCCGGGCAGUACCCGGCUGGUUGCCAGCCGCUCUGGAUGGUACCCAAGGCAGCCACACCCCUUGCCCGGCACAGAGUGGAUCCAAGUGGCUCUGCCCUCCCCGAAGACCGUCACUGCCAUCAUUAUCCAGGGGGCACGAGGGGCAUCGUCUGUGGACGGCGGGAUGGGCGGGGAAAACAAGGCUUUUGUGCGCAGGUUCAAGUUGGCCUACAGCAUGAACGGAGUCAACUGGACUUUCGUCAAGGAAUCUGCAGGACAAAGGCACAAGAUGUUUGAAGGGAACAUGAACUACGACACGCCCGAGAUCCGACGGUUUGAUCCCGUGCCUGCGCGGUUUGUCCGAGUGUAUCCGGAAAGGUGGUCUCCUGCUGGAAUUGGGAUGCGUUUUGAGUUGCAGGGCUGUGACUUACUGGCAACCACCACGUCUGCUGCCACCGUUGUGUCCACGCAGUGGGGGGCGGAGAACGCCACCGAGGCUCCUUGCAUGGAUGAAGCCGAUCCUGCCUGUAUGAUCGGCCCCCAUGUGGUCGAUAUCAACUCCAGCAUCGAGGGCUUCAACUGCAGCUUCGGGGACGCGCACGAGAGUGAGCUGUGUGGGUGGUCACAUGACCCUUUAGCCCCAUCCAAGUGGUCCGUUCACUCUGGGAGCCCGAAGGUGGAAGAUUUGCGACUGAACCACUACCACAAUAUGGAUAAAUGGAACUACCUGCACAUCGAAACCUCCCGGUUACUGGAAGGACAGCACGCCAGGUUACUCAGUCCCAUGGUGCCGCCCAUUAACAGCCACCGCUGCAUGGUGUUCUGGUACCGGAUGCGCGGUGCUGGUGUUGGCGUGCUCCGGGUACUGCUAAGGAAGAGACCAGAUGACCUGAUGCUCUGGUCGCUGAGGGGAGAUCAGGGUGACAAGUGGAAAGAAGGAAGGGUCAUCCUGCCAGGAUAUAACAGUGACUAUCAGGUCAUCAUUGAAGGCAUUGUAGGCAGAGGUGUUAGUGGAGAGAUGGCCAUUGACGACAUUGCUAUAGCAUCGCAUAUAUCGCUCGAUCACUGUAUUCAGCCCGUCAGUGCCUUUCCCGGGAUCCACACGAGUGAGACACCAACAGGAGAGCGCCCUGCGGGGAGUGAACCCACAGUGGAGUCCGUGUCAGCGCAACCCAUGCCCAAUUUCUGGUAUUACAUUAUGGCGGGAGGAGGCGCUCUGAUAGUGCUGCUCUGUGUCUCUCUGAGCAUGGUGCUGUACCGCCAACGCUACGGAUUUGCAGCCAAGAAGAGCCUUCACUCGGUAAACGUCCACUUCCCCAACGGCUAUGUCACUGGUGUGGAGCCUGGGCUCACUAUAAAAAUGGGGAAGGAAGAUGAGAGAACACACUGCUAGGAGUGUCCUUAAAACAAAACAAACCAAACCGAGAAAGGUUAUUCAUAUCGCCAGCUCUACUUGCACUCUCCACUGCAAUCGCCAUGGGAAUGCCUGCUACUUUUUUCUCUCUCUACUCAACAUCGUACCUGUGGAUUAUAAAUAGAAAAAGAAAAAGAAAGUGACGAUCUCAAAUAUCGUGUACCUUUCCCCCUUCUUCUGAGAGAAUUGAUUGUGCAAGAUCUCCGCACUGUAGUGUACAAGGCAGACUGUAAGGACAAGCCUUCUGCAGUUUUCUGGGAAGGAAUGGCUUUGUGAAGACUUUUCUUGCUGAUACCUUGGGCAAUCUUGGGCGGAAAAGAAUCGGCCAUCAUAAUCUAUGAAAAAUAUUUUUUAAGAAAGCAAGGAAGUGCAUCACAAUUCCCUAUGAGGUCAUUUUUGUUUAGGAACAGACUGAAAUUUAAUAUAAAGUGGUUGCUUUUAAUGCUGGGUAAUUCUAGGCAAUACAUGUUGGCUUUCAUGAUUGUCGAUAUUCAUUCCCUCAAGCUGUCUUAAUUUUUCUCAAGCCUUUAUAAACUACCUCUUCCAACUUUCUAACAUUAAGAGUUGAGAAAGAUCUCUUAUUAGUUAUGAUCCUUGGUUCCCAUUACCGCCUCAUCCAAUACCAUCCAUAGCUGGACAAGAAGUCAGACACACUAAUGUUAUCUGUGGGAUUGACUUCACCAACACUCCAAAACAAUUCAUGAUGCUUUGACAGUGAGCGAGGGGUAUGACACGGAUUGGGAUGUGGAAAUAAAGAGACCCAUUCUGCUAAUCACUCAGAUCAUGGUCAAUCGAAGCCCCGUAUCCUUUAAUAUCUGUUGAUGACAAAAAUAUGUUGAAUGUAAAUUUGGGCAUCCAAGCACAUUCUAACAGGACAUGAUUAUACUGAGUAGGAAUAAUGUCCCUCGACUUGCUCAGCUCCCCUCAGCAACUUCAUAAUUUUGCUUCUGAAGCCUUUCAUGGUCUAAGGAAUUGGAUACAAUUGUUUAUGUUUGAGAGGUUUUAUGUUGAAUCCAGGCUGGGCAAAUGUGUUCAUUGUAGGGUGGCCGUUUCAGCUCGUCGAACACUUGUGAUGUCCCACCUUACAAUUUCAUGGAGGGACGUAGCAUUAUUCGAUUUCAGAGGGUCAUACAACGCGGAAACAGGCCCUUUGGCUCGAUUCAUCCAUGACACCUGAGAUGCCUGUCUAUUUUCCCAUUUUCCUGAAUAUGACGCAUAUCCUUCCUGUUCAUGUACCUGUCCAAAUGUUUACUAAACACUGUGAUUGUACCUGCCUCUGUCACCUCCUCUGGCAGCUCACUCCAUAUACCCACCAAGACUCCAUGUCAAAGAGUUACCCCUCAGGUCCCUUGUAAUAUUUCCUCUCUCACCAUAAACCUACAGUAUGUCCUCUGAUGGUAGACUCCCCUACCCUGGGGGGAAUGACUGUGAUGAUCUGCCCUUUCUAUGCCCCUGAUAAAGCUAUAAGACCAUCACUUCAGCCUCCUGCACUUUAGUGAGAACAAUCCCAGCCUGUCUGUGAAAGACAUUGUCAUGUUUUAUUAAGAAUUGUCGGGCCGCUAUUAGAAGAAGCAGACAACUGAAAUGUCCCUUGUCUCUGGUGUUUGUGUGGAGUUUGCAUGUUCUCCUUGUGUCCUGAGUAUCCUGAUUCCACCACCCCCCUACACCCCCACGUCCUGAAGAUCUGAAGAUGUGUUGGGAGGUUACUGCCUGCUAUAAAUUGCCUCGGGUGUAGGUGGGCGGUGUGAUAAUCAAGUGGGGUGUUGAUAAACAUAAGAGAUGGGUUUACAGGGAAAUGAGUGGGGUAGUGGGACUGAUGGAAGAGCCAGGUUAGGCCCAGUGGGCUGAAUGGUACAUUGUUGGAGGUACUGUAAAUAGAAAUCUAAGGAGCUCCUGGCUGGCAGAUGCUGGAUAAACUCCUGCCUCCUGCUGACCAAGCGCCUUUAACAGGGCAAAUAGACUUGAAUUUUGUGUGUGUGUGUGGCGGGGGGGGGGGUGAGUAAUUCACAUUUAAUUGUUGUGCAUUUGCAAACACAAACUUUGCAUUUGAAAAUAGAUCCAUCUUGCGCAUCAUGGUUUGAAAAUUGUGCCUUUGUAAGGCGUCAUCAGGCAGACUUGUGAAACCUUGAGAAGGAAAAUAAACCCAUGCACCCGAUGUACUGCAGCAUUCUCCCAACGGGAAGGGCGGCAGUUUCCCAAGCUAAACAUACGGAAUGCUGGAGGAACUCAGCAGGUCAGGCAGCAUGUGUGGAGAGGAGUAAACAGUUGAUGCUUUGGGCUGGGACCCUUCAUCAGUGCUUAUGACAGCUACCAUGUCGUAUAAUUCCAGUUAAAAAUCCGAGUUCCAAGUGUAGGAAAGUACAAGUGACUGUGUGGCCCUCGGAGCUUCACAGCACAGAAACAGGUCCUUUGGCCCAUCUCGUUAUUUCUAACCAGAUGCUAAACUACAUCAACCUGAUUACAUUUUCUUCCUAUCCAAGUACCUGUAAAAUUGUCUCUUCAAAGUUGUGAUUGUAUUUGCUCCUGACACCACCUCGUCUGGCAGUUCACCCCAGAUAACAGCACUCUGAGUGUGAGAAACUUCCCUCUCCUAUCCCUGUGUAGAUCAUUCCCCUCUUAUCCUAAACCUAUGCUUUUUAGUUUUAGAGUCUUCCAUCUGGGAAAAAGGUUCUGUACUCUAUACUCUAUCCAAGCCCCUCAUAAUUUUACAAACGAGAAGGUCACCCCCAGUGCAACUAGAACACCUAGAUCCCUUUGAGCUUCACUCUAUUGGUAGAAAUAUAGAAAACCUACAGCACAAUACAGGCCCUUCGGCCCACAAAGCUGUGCCAAACAUGUCCUUACCUUAGAAAUUACCUAGGGUUACCCAUGGCCCUCUAUUUUUCUAAGCUCCAUGUACCUAUCCAGGAGUCUCUUAAAAGACCCUAUUGUAUCCGCCUCCACCACUGUCACUGGGAGCCCAUUCCAUGCACUCACCACUCUCUGUAUAAAAAAACUUACGUCCAAGCACCUUAAAACUGUGCCCUCUCGUGCUAGCCAUUUCAGCCCUGGGAAAAAGCCUCUGACUACCCACACGAUCAAUGCCUCUCAUUAUCUUGUACAUCUCUAUCAGGUCACCUCUCAUCCUCUGACGCUCCAAGGAGAAAAGGCCAAGUUCACUCAACCUAUUCUCAUAAGGCAUGCUCCCCAAUCCAGGUAACAUCCUUGUAAAUCUCCUCUGCACGCUUUCUCUAGUUUCCACAUCCUUCCUGUAGUGAGGCGACCAGAAAUGAGCACAGUACUCCAAGUGGGGUUUGACCAGGAUCCUACAUAGCUGUAACAUUACCUCUCGGCUCCUAAACUGAAUCCCACAAUUGAUGAAGGCCAAUGCACCAUAUGCCUUCUUUCUAUUUACAGAAUAAUCUACGAUUUGAUUACUCUUACUAAUGAGCAUGACCUCACACUUCCACACAUUCAACUCCACUUACCAUAUAUUGGCCCAGUCAUUCGGACGAGAUCAAAAUCAAGCCAAUGUCUCUUUCAAGAUUUCUGUGGACUUGUUUUUUGCCUUAUUUCCUGUCAGGAAUAGCACCUUCCCCAGGGGUGGUUAGUGAAUCAGUAUUAAAUGCUGCCUUUUUGUGUUAAUAAGCAUGCAACUCGCACUUGACAGGGAAAAAUGUGAGAGCUUCACAAGAGUAUUAUCGAAGAAACCUUGAUGGCCGGAUUCUCCGACAGUUUGACGAGAAGCCUGGUCAAAGAGGUGUGUGAGAUUCGGGGAGAAAAUUCCCUGAAAACCACACAGCUGCUAGGCAAAGGGAACUGGAGAUUUGCAGCAAGCUGGAUUUGACAGGCAGAGGAAAGAUAUUUAUUUAACUCCUUGGCAUCAUGGACAAUAGGGCAGAUCAGGUCAGGAGAUGGACUUGUCAUCCAUGAGAGGCUGGUUGAAUCAGGGGCUGCUCUCUGUGGAGGCCACUAGCCAUUCACCACCACCCUCCUCCCCAACCCCCCCCCCCCCCCCCCCCCCACACACACACACACACACUCACUCUUCCUUUGACAGGGGAAUGAGUUAAGCCAUUUUCUGUACGUGAAUCAGCAAACGGACAAACUGACAUUCUCCCUGCCAGACCACCAGUGCAGGAACUGUGACGUAUUUGGAGGGAGGAUGGUGGGGUAGGAUUGAUAUUAACACAGAGCUGUAGUUACACCUACACUGAGGGUCGGGGGUUCAGUUCUGGGCUGGGAUUAGGGCAUAAUGGCUUUAGAGAGAUUGUAGCAAAGAAUCAUCAGGCUGAUGCCAGAACAAGGGUCACAUUUUAAGGGCAGGUUAAGGGCAGCCUGACUGUGUUAGCUGACCCAGGGGUAGGGUGUUGCCAUCAACAUGAGAAUUUUCCUGCUGAGUUCCUCCAGCAUUUUGUGUGGGUUGCUUCAGUCAGCAUCUAUGGACAUGAAUAAACAGUUGACAUUUCAGGCCGAGACCUCUCUUCAGGACUGGAAAGGAAGCGGGGAGAUUCCUGAAUAAAAAGGUAGGGGGGAAAGAAAGGUAAGGGCUGGAGAAGAAGAACUUGAUAGGAGAAGAGAGUGAACCAUCAGAGAAAGAGAAGAAGGAGGGCGCUAGGGGAUGAUGAUUGUCAGGUGAGGUGAAAUAAGAAGAGGUAAAAGGCCAGAGUGGAGAAUAGAAGAGGGAAACGGGGGAGGGGAAUUAGCAGAAGGAGAAAUCAAUGUUCAUACCAUCAGGUUGAAGGCUACCUAGAUGGAAUGAGAUGUUGCCCCUCACCCUGAGAGUGGCUUCAUCAUGGCAAAAGUGGAGGCCACGGACCAACAUGUUAGAACGGGAAUUGGGGUAGGAACUAAAAUGUUUGGCCACUGGGAAAUUCUGCUUUUGGUGGACGGAGCGGAGGUGCUUGACAAAGCGGUUUCCCAAUUUACGUUGGGUCUCACCAAUGUUAAUAGCAUUCAGGCCAGGCAAACUGAACAGUGCUCACACACAGAAAGACAAGCACAUGUGUACGCAUAACGUGAAUAUGUACAGGUACACAGUCAUGUAUGUGAAUAAAGACACGCGCACCACUGAAAGACACCAACUGCAUAAACAAGGUACAUACACGGACAAAGAAACACUGACACACAGACUCUGAUGCACCCCUAUAUCGACAAACACAAACAAGCAUACAUACAAUCUAUGUCACAGACAUACUAUUGACAUUCACAUAUUGACACAUGCCGACAAACCAUGACUAUUCGCGUGCGCGCGCGCGCGCCCACACACACACACACACACACACACACACACAGUUCACUUUGUAUAGUUCUUUUCUGCACUUGCUAAAGGUACCCAUUCAGAGCCUUGGCAAUACAGCCCACCACCCCCUGCACCUCUUGUCACCAGAUGAUGAUGUCAUUUUGAUUUGCCAGUUUUGACAAGAACUAAAUGUCAACAUGAAGUUGGUCUUUGGAAAGAUUUGAUUGAAAUGGGAUUUUGCCAGCGAUUAACUAGAAGAGGAGUUUGCUCUGUGCUAAUGGUAAUCAUAUACUCCAAGGGAGAGGAAAAUGCAAAAAAUUACAUCUGCUGGUUUGGGUGUAAUUUGAGUCUGCAGUGAGCAGCGUGACAUUGCCUUCCAUUGACAAAAGGCCGUUAAUGAUUCAGCAUGGCAAUCAAUCACUACUCACAGUAAGUGCAUGAUCCCUUACUAUCAAAUGUGCUUUCUAAAGCAGUCUUAAUCCAAAUGUCACAGUAAUUCAUAUUCUCUGCACCUUAACUUAUCAUGUGAUUGCCACAUAAUCACCAGCACUAGAUAAGGGAGGUACUUCUGAAGAUUUCACCCUAUCCACCUGACCGUGGUUGUGUGCUUUACUGAGUCUGGAGUUACCGGGUUUGGUCCUUGCCCUGUGAGACUUCAGGAUGAACCGUAGACUGAUGUUCCUGGGUGUUCUGCUGGGGCUGCAGAGGGGAUUCAGGGCAGUGAUGCAUCUUGAGUGAAAGAUUAGCCAUCUUGGGUGAGUGUGAAAGAUCUCAUACCAGCAAAUUUUGAUGGAGCUCUUCCUAAGUUGCAAGGUUUAGAUGGAUAUGGGCCAAAUACAAGCAAGUGGGGCUAGCUGAGAUAGGCCUCUUGAUUAGCACAGACAAGUUGGGCAUAACUGUGAGUCUGUCCUAAACAACCUACAACCCUCAACUGACAUCACUGAACUGGGGGUGAUCGUAGUUUUGUGGCAUCCUGCUAUGCAGUGAGGCCCUACAUUUUGACCACGACAAUAUUUUAAAAUGUUUUAAUUGAUUGCAAAGUGAUUUGGAAUGAGACUAUUGAAAUACAAGUCCAUGUCCCUUUUACUCUUUGUUAAGGCCAUGUGCCUGGAAGUGGGACUUGAGGUAUGUUGGCAUGUUGAAUUGGUGGUGUGUAUAGAACUCAGAAGUCCUAAAAGUAACGGUGAACUUUGGGCAUCCUUGCUUUCAGAGAACACUACUGUGGUUUAUUUUCCUUUAAAAUUGAUCUGUGUUUUACCAGGUGCUGUUGCUUCUGAGAGGGGCAUCUGCUGCGUUUUCAUGCACCGGCCCAUGGAGUUGCAUAGUACAUUAGGUCACCUGGGAGUUAAACAGUCACUCCAGUAUAGCAUCCCCGGAUAUGGUUGAGUUCACAAAGUCAGAGUUCUUUUAAAAGCCCUGCAUGAAAAGUCUGCCAUUUUGUGUCAAUACCCCCCCCCCGCUAUGACAUCACAGUGACACUUCAGUGGUACUGUGAUAUCAUAAUGCGAGGUGCUGUGUCGUAACGUUUCUGUGGCAUUACAGAUGACACAGGCCUGUGUAUUAUGAGAUUGCACUAGUGACAUCACUGGAGGAAUGGUGGGCUCUUAGAUAGACCAGCUUCAUACAAUAUUCCCACUCUAGCCAGGAGAAUCUCAGACACCACUUCUUAAUUGUACCCUUUGACCUUCUGCACACACAGAACAUGCCAGGUGGGAAAAGAAAAUAUAAUCUUCCACUUAGAUUUUUCUUUCAUUUCUGAUUGCUGUUUGUUGACAAUCAUUCACAAAUGGGAGCAAUUUGUUUCCAUCAAUUAACUUACAAUACCAGAGAGAUCCACAGUAGGGGAAAACUUUUAGAGGUCCAUAGUUUCAAGGGAAUGGAAUAGUAUUGGAUGCGCUGUUAUUGUCCAAGUCUUAAGAAAUAGGAAUGACAAAGGUCAAAAUAACAUGGUAGCUUUCUGUGCCUCUGUGAAAGUCACCUGCUCACCUCAAAGCCUGUUGGUCUCGCCAUGUGUCAUGUCUCACGUAAUGUCUCUGGGAACAAGUUUAUCUAAUGUGUAUUUGAAUGGAUAAGUACCGGCUCCUCCCUUGUCUCCCUAUGUCGCUUGGAUCAGCAGUUCUGUAGCAAUGGUAUAUUACAAUUGUGUUAAAGUCACGGUGAUAGGUUGACACUCAACACUUUGCUGUGUAUCUGGGGGAAUAGACCACUCACACCAGCUUCCGACUAUUUCUCGCUUCCAAAACUGUACUUUAUUCAUCAAAUUUACAAUGGAGGACAUUCACUCUAACUCAAAGUCAAAGUUAAGUUUAUUGUUGUAUGCACAAAUACAGUACAUGCAUGCACAGGUGCGAUGAAAAACUUACUUGCAGCAGCAUCACAGACAUGUAGCAAUUGAUGCAGAACAUCCACAAGAAAAUAAAACACAAAUUGAACGUAAAUUAAACAUUAUACAAGAAAGAAUAUAAUUAGAAGGAGAAGUCCUCUGCAUGCAGAGUGGUCACAGUGUUGCCGUACCGAAUUAGUGAUUAGGGUUGUGCAGGCCAAUGGUAGGAAUCUGUCGAUGGAUGUUGCCUUCUUGAGGUGGCGUUCUGUCUGUUUGUGAGACUUACAUUACAUUAGCACGAUAGUGAGCUUUCUUUCACAUAAGUGCAAAGGGUUUUUAUAUGGGCUCAACAUUCAGUGCACAGUGGCAAGAAUGCCCAGUGUAACAGUGUUCCCCCACAGAGUUUUUAACAAGAUUCAGUGCAUCGCUCAGCGCAUAGUCCUAGACUUUAGAAUGUGCCCGCCAGCCAUAUUUGACAGUGUUUGGUUGUCUGCUUUGAAUUACCCCAAUAAUGUGAAACACUUUGGAUAACCCUGUCCGUUCAGGUGCAUGGACCCCUUUAAUAUACAAAGAAAAUCUCCUAUCUCUAAUCCAGCAAGUGUUUUCAAUUAUUUGAUACUUUCUGAAUGAGCAAAGCAGCUUUAUUGUGACAAAUUACUUCAAAUUUGGUGCAGCCUUUCCAAAGAGAAUUGACUAUAUGAUAAACAACCCCUGUAAAAAAUCACUUUUAUUGUAUUCCACUGGGAUGCAGAAUGUUCAGACUAAAUGCUGUAGGCCUAAUUCUGCUCUUAUGUCUUAUGGUUGUUGUAUCUGCUGCAGAAAGACGAGGUACAGGACUGGGCAGGUUACUUGGAGCAGCUGGGCUGAGACAGGAUCUUCACAAGGCUUUCCACCAAAAGCAUGAAAGCAUGUCCCACCUGUGGGAGUCAGGCUUGUCACAUGUCUACAGUAGCCCUGGCCUUGAGAAAUCCUGAAAUUUAUAAUUGGCUCAUAUGGACAUGAAUGACAAAAGUACAGUCAAUAGAGUUACUGCCUCAGAGCGGUAGGAACAUGGGGUCAAUCCCAAGCUCCGAUGCUCUCUAUAUGCAGUUCUAUGUUGAUCACAUGGGUUUCAGCUAGGUCCUCCAGUUUCUUCCAACAUCCCAAAGGUGUGCAAGUCGGUAAGGUAAUUGGCCCCUGUAUAUUGACCCCAGUGUGUAGAUGAGUGGAUGAAUCUGAAAGAUGUUAUUAAGAAUGUAAGAAGACCAGGUUACAGGGAAAAUUGUUCUGUGAGCUGGCAUAGACUCAAUGGGCCAAAUAGUCACCUAUGUCACAAUAUGAAGACGUUGCAAUUUUAAAAAGUCAGUGAACAUUUCACCGUAGUGUCCCAGGGAAUGCCUUAAUGCUCUUCAGAGCUUUUUCUGGACAUGCUUCUCCUUAGUGAUUAAUGUCAAUGAGAGGUUGGUAGGAGACCAUGGACUGGUGCGAAUAAUCCCUGAAGGACACAGUUUACCACAGAUCACAAGGUCCCUUUCAGUGGCACAUCCACACCAUUUAUGGUCAGCAGGAGAGGUUCGGGAGAUAAGAGACCUUGACGCCACUUCAGCUCUCCUGAAUCUGAGGGGUGCAGGGAAACACGUGGAUACCAGACAGUAGAUUCCUGCCCAGGUGUCCCUAAGCUUGUGCCUUACAUAUUCCCCUGGGUGAGUACAGAGGGUGGAGGGCGGGCAGGCUUGCUGCAUGAAGCCAGUGAUGUGGGUGGAUGAUGGAAAGUAACAGUUUGCAUUUACCUGGCGCCCUCCAGGAUCUUAGGAUGUCCCAACUGCUUUGGAAAGUAUGACCAACUCUUACACUUUGGGGCACUGCAGACAUCAGGUUCCCUGCUUUUUGGUGAUGUUGGGUUAGCCAAGGAAUAUUAUUUGAGGAACGGGCUGCUGUUCUUCACGUUGCCUUAAUAUAUAUUGCCGAGAGAAGAAGCCAUUACUUUAUACCCUCAGUGGCCAGUUUAUUAGGGACAUCCUGAGUGUAUCUUUGUGGUCUUCUGCCCAUCCACUUCAAGUUUCGACGUGUUGUGCAUUCAGAGACGCUCUUCUGCACACCACUGUUGUAACAGAUGGGUAUUUGAUUUACUGUUACCUUCCUGUCAGCUUGAACCAGUCUGGCCAAUCUCCUCUGAACUCUCAUUAACAAGGUGUUUUUGCCCACAAAACUGCCACUCACUGGAUGGUUUUUGUACCAUUCUCUAUAAACUUCAGAGACUUAUGUGUGUGAAAAUCCCUGGUGAUCAGCAGUUUCUAAGGUACUCAACUGUCCACCUGGCAUCAAUAAUCAUUCACGGUCAUCACUUAGGUCACAUUUCCUCCCCAUUGUGAUGUUUGACCUGAACACCUGACCAGGCGUGCAUGCUUUUAUGCAUGGAGUCGCUGCCAUAUGAUUGGCCGAUUAGACAUUUGCAUUAACGAGCAGGUGCACAGACGUACCUAAUAAAGGUACUGAGUGUACAUUUAUUUGCUCAGUAGACUGGACAUUGCUGGAUGAGGCAACAUUUAUUGUCCUUGUUUAAUUGUGCCUGAAAUCAGGAAACAGAUAGGAAUCCCCCACAUUGGUAGGUCUGAAGGAAGGAGACAGAUUUCCCUCCUCAUUAGUGAACUGUGUGGGUUUUGUAACAAUCCAGUAAUCUCCCAGUCAGUGUUCUGGAGAUUCACUUUAAUCCUGGAUUGGUUUGAUUAUUUUGUGUCCACAGGCCACCCUGGUGCGAUCUGAACUCGCGUCUGGAUAAUGGACCCUGAACUCCAGCUGCGGGUCCGGUAACUUAACCAUGAUACCAUCAUUUAAAGGACAGCACCACUGAUGCUUCAACACUGACCCUGUUCCAGAUCCCAGUAUGGGCACGCUUUACCCUACUGGCAUAUACCGUGCCAACCUGGCCAGGACUGAGAAUCAGUUGGCAAAUGCCUGUUAUGUACAGCUGAAUUGGGCCACAGCUGAGAUGGAACUAGAUAGGUGAAAGUAUGCAGCGUGAUUUUAUUUUUUAACAGCACGUUUUAUGCCAGAAUGGCAGAGCAGAGUUAAUUAAAGCUUUAGAUUCAAAUGUCAGACUGCAGCGUUCGAUCUGUGAGCGGCUUACAUUGGGAUGGAGAAAGAGAGCUGAUUAAAGCACCACAGGAGAGCUGACAUGCUCAUUAAUUCUGUGACCCCUAAUUCCAACAUAAGAGCUGCUCGAUCAUUUACAGUUGCCUGGAAUUUACUCUUGACAUUCCCUACGGAUGAUGUUUAACGCAUUUGUGCGGCAUCCCUCCUCUUUUUUUUAAACUUGGCUUCUAAGCCUUUUUUUUAGUUAACUUCUACUUAAGGGAGCAGAUGGAAGAAUGCUUAAGAAUGUGCAAAUCACUUUGUCAAAACAGCAAUUUUUAGACUCUUAACCUUACACUCAAUUUUCACCUUGAAAUGACUGUUCCCUCAAGACCGGGAGGGUGACGUUACAAGAGCUGAUUGUGGUGACCAGUCUUAUUAUCCCCCAAGUCCAGAGAUUAAGGGGUUGAUUUGGUAAAAAGAAACUACUUCCUCUGGGGUAGGAGGUCAGAACCAAAGACACAGCCUCCAAAUCUGAGCUAGACCAUGCAAAGAUAACAUGACGAAUCUCAGCUUACGCUAGCCAAGGUGAAUGGCUAGCCAUCCCUACCGUAUGAAGACAUGUGACAGCACAGUGGUCUAGCAGGUAGAACCACUGCCUCAAAACACCAGAGACGGGGGGGUUCGAUCCUGACCUCGGGCACUGUCUACAUGGAGCUUGCGUGUCCUCUCACUGUCUGGUUCCCCAAGUUGUGCACAUUGGUAGGUUACUUGGAUGCUGUGAAUUGCUCCUGGUAGGUGGGUAGCUUGUAGAAUCAGAAGAAGUUGACAGGAAUGUGGGGAGAAUAAACAAUGGAGUUAAUGUGGGAUUGGUGGCAAAUAACUGUCUGAUGGUCAGCACCAACAUAGUGGGCCUGUUUCUAUGUCGUAUCUCUCUGUGCCUAUGAAGUUGCACCAGAUGAAACUUCACAAGAGAGAUUGGUAAAUAUCUUGUUCAAUGAGGACAGAUGGAGAUCAGUCAUACCCAGCUACGUGGUAGAAUGGGCUUGCAGGAUGAACCAGCCUGUUCCUGUUCCUGUUCCAUCAUGUUGUUUUGGAUCAUUCCCGGCAGCCACACUCUCUGAGAAUGCAAUGCUGUGUGACACGAGUCCCGUUGUUUGGUUGCAGAUUGUAGUGCAAAAUAUUUUUCAUGAUAGUUGCGUCCCAUUGAAAUUGGUAAGUCAGUUGAAAGCUUUUCUUCUUAAGUAACAGUUUUUGUUUCGGUGACAUUUAAAGAUUUAAAACCUUCCAGCCUGUUAUUUAAUCAGAGAUCUCCCUCUGCUCAAUUGUUGUCUGAUGUGCGAAGAGUUUACAAACGGGACUUUCAGAUAACAGUAAUCACUGGACGUGCUGAUUACCCAGUCAGGUACUCUGGAUUUCCCCUGGUUCAUAGUCUUGCUCCUUUCCCCUAGCACACCGUCCUGUCCUCUAGUGAUCGCCUUGCAAAUAAUGGGGAGUGAGUGGGAAAUGUGGGGGGUAGGGAAUGUUACCGCCCAGCCUGUGCAGCUCCUCUCAGAGGUUGGCUUGCUAUUACUGAAGGUGUAAGGAUGCUUCGAGUCACUUCCCACCCACCCACAGGAUGACACAAGGGCCGUAGGUUAAAGGAAAUCUCAUAGUUCCACUAGGUUCCAGGAGACUCUGGCUAGUGAAACACUUUCUCUAAGGUGAUGAUGCUAGAUCCAGCAGCCAGUUUGUACAAAGCAACCUCUUUCCAAGAGCGGUAUGAUGGUGAUGGGCGGCAGUGGGCUGUUGGUCUGCUCUUUAAGGUAGCGCCAAGGGAUCGUUCACACCACAAGAAAUGAGGGAGCCUCGUCUCUCCUCAGAGGUAGCACCUCCAGCAACAUGAUGCCCCCUCAGUACAGCAGGAGUGGAACCACCCCUCCCAAUGGCUGGGCUUGAAGCGAGGGGGGCCAAUUUUGAGAAGAUGCUUUGGGAAAGCACUGUCCUGUGUAAGGGGGAAGCUGAGAGUGGGAGAGCCUUAUAUAAACUGGGAUGCACUGUGACUCUUUUAAACGUUUUUCUUGGUCGUUUGGCAUUUCACUCCCGGUCAGUCAGCAUGCCGACUCCUCCCCUAUGCUGAAUCUGUCUUGCCUUCCCACUUUGCCUGUGUCCUUUUUUGGUACCCUGGGCUCCCGCCAUUUGACUGUUACGUGCUUUUGAAUGUGAAUGUUGCAGUGGGAUGGUGUGUACAGUGCCUGUGCCUCAUGACGUACUCACUCAGUGGGCGGGGAUGCUCUCGUUUCUUUGCGUUUGUUUGAAUGUAAGUUGGCUGCCCUGGAGAUGUACUCUGUGGAAUGGAAUAAAGAUGCUAUUUUUAUACAAACAAUAUGCCGUCUAAGAUCUCUUUUAAAGUUAUAGGCCUGGGAAUGAACUGUGUCCUCAUCCCCCUUCCCUCUGGUCAACACAGGCCGCAAGGUUCCGAUGCAAUAAUCCAACUCUGUUGCCUUGUGCUUGAGACCGACUCAACGUUGUGCUCAUUCCAUCCACCUGCGGUAGGGGUCGUCAACCUGGGAUCCAUAGACGCCUUGCUUCAUGUUAUUGGUCCAUGGCAUGAGAAAGGUUGGGAACCCCUGAUCUAUGUGUUGCAUUGUUCCAAGAUCUUAGCUCAGCCAUGGA